ACCACAAGCUACAAAAUGCAGCCCCCGAAGUGAGGAGGAAAGCAUUCGCUCUUGCAGCCUCAGUCAACGGGUAGUUGGGAGCCACAGUCAGCCACUUAGUUUUUGCGGCCGUCCGGCGGGAGCCACCAAGGCCAGCCCUGCUGCGGUAGAGGAGACUGCAGAGGAGGCGAGCAGACCUGAGGCCAGCAGCAAGCGGUGCGUCUGGGGCACUCACUCUCCCGCUGUCCGGGAAACACGCGAGCUCUGUGCCCGCACGUGCCAGCCCCGGCUCGCGCCUUUCUUUGCAUCUGGGGUGCCUGGCCUCUCCGCCCACCCGCUGGCUCUUCAGGGCUGCAGCGGACCGAGGACCGAGUUGCAGCAUGAAUCUGGGGCUCUGCAUGCAGGCGCUGCUGCUACUCUGGCUCUCCUUGACUGCGGUGUGUGGAGUGCCACUGAUGCUGCCUCCAGAUGGGAAAGGGCUAGAAGAAGGCAACAUGCACUACCUGGUGCAGCCCAGAGCUUCGAGGACUGGACCAGGGCCCUGGCAGGGGGGCAGGAGGAAAUUUCGCAGACAACGUCCUCGUCUCUCCCAUAAGGGCCCCAUGCCUUUCUGAAUCAGGAUUGAAGGAAUCUCCAAGUGUGCAGCCGGUGCCGUUCUCUCCGCUCCACAGAUUUGUUCUCUUCUCUGGAACCCUCAUGUCCAUUUGGCUCUCACCUUAUACCCGUUAUAGCUGCUGAUGGUCCUGGCUCUUCUCACUCACCAAGUUCUUCUAAUGGCAUGGUCUUGCCCUUCACUUGGAUGGUUCCAUUUCUCUCACAAGGAUCCAUUUGACCCAUCUUCCUGGCCACUCCUUGUAAUGCCAUUGGAGACACAGCUUUUCCUUGGCCUGUUCCAUGUUCUAGACCCUAUCUAUUGGCCUUACCAUUCACUUGGCCCUCUCUCUUCUCAUUUGCCUUGGCAACUGGACUGGUGCACUCCCUUCUUCAAUGGAUUCUUGCACCCCCUUACUUUCUCAUCAAUUGGACCUCUCCCCUGGAAGGGAAUACAGAGAUGUGCAAUGAGACUUUGGUUUAGAGGGAUUGGGAUACAUAGAAGGUGCAUGGCAACACUGACAUGUGGGUAUGGUGAAGGAGUGAGGAGAAACAGCUGUCAUGGCCUCUUUCUUAGGUCUCACUGGCCCUGUUAAAGGAAGAGAGGAGCCCAUGAAGUACUUUGUUACUGUGUCUCCUAACAUCCUUGCUCCCUUUGUUCUAUUGCAGCUAGUUCAGUUCCCAGAUCAGAAGGGGAGAGUACUGACCCUUACAUGGUUCUAUAUUCUCCUGGGAGUAAGCAGAAUAGCUGUUUUUGCCCCCUCCCCUUAAAAAUCAUAGAAAGUCAGAGCCCAAAGGACCCUUGUAGAUCAUUUAGCUUCCUUAUGCAAAAGCUUGCACAAACAGAGGCCUUGGAAAGUGGCCUGCUCAGAGCCAUUGCAGAGGCUCAGAGGGGACCAGGUCUCCCAACUCCCACUUUAUGAUAUCCUUUUCCCUCUCAGUGAUGUCCUUUCAAAGCAAAUGAAGUGCCUUUUGCUGGGCUUAGUGUAGGCAGUGGCUGGGAAGGAUAGGAAAGGAGGGGGAAACCAGCUGUGAACUGUUCUGUGUGGAAAUGGAACUUCUCCCUCCAUAAGUGGUGAAAUGGUACCCCAAAUAGGCCUAGUCCCAGCCCCCUGCCCAGGCUCAAGCUAUUUUAAUUAGGGUUCUCAGGCACUGAAACUACCAUUUAGCCCCUGACACUGGUUGUUCUGAGCCCCUAUAUUGACUUGUUCUUGUGGCUUUGGGGGGAAAUGUCAGAGGAUAGAAAGGGGAAGAAAGGAAGGAGAGAAGGAAGAAAGAAGGAAAGAUGGGAGGAUGUGUAGGUAGUGUACUUCACUACACCAAGAGAUCUCAUCUCUCACCAUGAGCCUUUUUGCUGCCCUUCCCUGAAGGGAGAACCUCAUCCUUUGCCUAAACAGAUGUUCUUCUCAGAGGCUUCCCAGGAGGGAGAAAAGAGAAGACAUAAGCUUGAUAUUUACUUAUAUAGGUGUAGGGCAGGGGGAGUCAGGACCCCCAAGCCCCAUAAUAAUCCAAGAUUGCCUAUCCACCCCUCUCCAAAGCCUUCCCAUCUGCUGCUGCUGUUGCUGCUGCUCUGCUGCUGCCACUUCAAACCCCACCCUGGGAAGCUGGGCCAGGCAUAGUGUCCUCAACCCCUUGGGCUUGAAGUGGGGGCUGGCUGGUGCCUCUUCUACUGCUGGUACCUUUACCAGAGACCAGGCCUUCUUCCUCUUUGCUGUUUCUGCAUCUCCUGCUUUAUCAGCCUGCCAUGCCCAACUCUAUGGGGAAGGGACGGGAAGGGGGACGACAGCUGAGAAAGAGGGGAGAUAGAAACAGAAGAGGGGAGUAAGUUCAUCUGGUGGGCUGUCUUAUUUAAAGUUGUUGUGUAUUGUUAUACUAAUUUAUAUAAAACUGUUUAGGCCCUUUGAAUUAAAGAAUCUGUCCCCUUCCCAUAACUGUUCUCAAUGUUGUAAAGAUUGUUCUGUGUAAAUAUGUCUCUAUAAUAAAAAGUUAAAAGCUGACAAUUUGCCCUUACUCUUUGAGCUCAUGUUCAGUAGGGGUGUUCCUUUCACCCUAGGACCAUACUUGUUCCUGUGCCCAGAUUGCACGUGAAGGGAGGUAAGUGCUUGCAUCUCAAAUUGGUUCUAGGUUAACUGGUCUCAAACCAAUUUGCCACAAGCACACAAAAAGACUCUAUGCUUAAACGCCAGUUCACAUAAAUUUGAGCCCCUUUCAAGUCCUUUGGCACCUGUUAGAAUGUCCUUAUUUUUCUGGCAGUGUCAUUUAAAGGAUUUUUUUUCAGAAGAAUUUCAUUUAAGGACAUGCUGAUCAAAGGUGGGAUUUUUACUAAAAGUUGUUUUGUAACCCUGGGUGGGUGUCUUCUGUUUUAUCUAUUUUUGAAUACCUUCGGGACUUUUUAGCCAGUUUGCCUUUCUUGAAAAAUGUUGUCAGCCAUAAAUACAUUUGGUAAUGACUUUCUAUGUAUCAUUUUAUGUUUAACAAAGUGGAGUUGCUUGAUGAAUGAGAUAGCUUGAAAAUAAAAUCCAAGGAGUUCAA